UGAUGACGUACACAGCGGAAGAACACACGCGGUAUUUCAGUGUUUAUGCAGCAUGGCUACUGUGCAAGUCAGUGAGGCCGAAAAGGUGUAUAUUUUGCAUGGUGUACGGGUAGGUGGUAUUCUGAAAGAUGUUGCUACAUGCUCUUGUUUAGUUGACCUUUUUGCGUGAAUUCAUUGUUUUCUGGUUAGCUGUCUUUCUUUACCAAAGCGAAAGGCAUCCUCUUGACAUAGCUAGCUAACUAGCUAACAAGCUAACGUUAAUGCAACUGUCAGUAUUGAAUGUGACACGAUAUUGUUCUUAUGUUCUAUGGUCCUCUUUUCACCAGGAUGACUUACGGGUUGAUGGACGAGGAUGCGAGGACUACAGACACAUGGAGAUUGAGACAGAAAUGGUGUCAAAUACAGAUGGCUCAGCUAAAGUGACACUGGUAAUUUCAAUGAGAAGCAUGCUCCUUGCAAAACAAUGUUGCACAUCAAAAAGCUAACACGGUAUAAUCUCACAUGUCAGACAGUGAGAUACAUGUAUCAUAUCCCUGCCGUCAAUGUAUGUGUCUUGUCCCUUGCAGGGACAUACAGACGUGCUAGUGGGAGUCAAAGCUGAAAUAGGAAAGCCAAGGCCCAUGGUCCCAGAUGAGGGCUACGUGGAGUUUUUUGUUGAUUGGUGAGUGCAUUGUUGCUUCGGUUGGAAUACAGUAUAAUUCUAAUAUGAGGGACACUGGAGGUAGUGUUGUAACAAGUCAUCUAUGAUGAUUCGCCUUCUUCUUGUCCCCUUCCUAGCUCUGCCAAUGCCACACCAGAGUUUGAGGGUCGGGGUGGUGAUGAGCUGGGCAUGGAGUUGAGCAACACCCUGUACAAAGUGUUCAACAACAGAUACAGUGUGGACAUGAAAAGCCUCUGCAUCAGCCCAGGGGAACACUGCUGGGUGCUCUAUGUGGACGUGCUGGUGAGUGACUGACACAGCAACUGAACCUCAAAGUAGAGGUCUUCACAGGUUCCAAAAUGGAUCUGUGGCUUUCCCACCUGACGCGAUAUGCAUAAAUUAAUUAUCAAAAAACCUGUUCCGAAUGGACCUAGGCCAGUCUGACCCGUUCCGAAAAGGCCUGUGGUAAAACAGCCAUGCCAUUUCGGAUCCGAGAGACCCGUUCAGAUCUGAGUAGAAAGAGAGAGAAAGAAACCUCCGACCGGGUGCUACCAGCGCCCUCAAUAAAAUAACGGUAUUGGCCAAAUGAUCCACAGUUACAGUGGGGGAAAAAAGUAUUUAGUCAGCCACCAAUUGUGCAAGUUCUCCCACUUAAAAAGAUGAGAGAGGCCUGUAAUUUUCAUCAUAGGUACACGUCAACUAUGACAGACAAAUUGAGAAUAAAAAAUCCAGAAAAUCACAUUGUAGGAUUUUUAAUGAAUUUAUUUGCAAAUUAUGGUGGAAGAUAAGUAUUUGGUCACCUACAAACAAGCAAGAUUUCUGGCUCUCACAGACCUGUAACUUCUUCUUUAAGAGGCUCCUCUGUCCUCCACUCGUUACCUGUAUUAAUGGCACCUGUUUGAACUUGUUAUCAGUAUAAAAGACACCUGUCCACAACCUCAAACAGUCACACUCCAAACUCCACUAUGGCCAAGACCAAAGAGCUGUCAAAGGACACCAGAAACAAAAUUGUAGACCUGCACCAGGCUGGGAAGACUGAAUCUGCAAUAGGUAAGCAGCUUGGUUUGAAGAAAUCAACUGUGGGAGCAAUUAUUAGGAAAUGGAAGACAUACAAGACCACUGAUAAUCUCCCUCGAUCUGGGGCUCCACGCAAGAUCUCACCCCGUGGGGUCAAAAUGAUCACAAGAACGGUGAGCAAAAAUCCCAGAACCACACGGGGGGACCUAGUGAAUGACCUGCAGAGAGCUGGGACCAAAGUAACAAAGCCUACCAUCAGUAACACACUACGCCGCCAGGGACUCAAAUCCUGCAGUGCGAGACGUGUCCCACUGCUUAAGCCAGUACAUGUCCAGGCCCGUCUGAAGUUUGCUAGAGUGCAUUUGGAUGAUCCAGAAGAGGAUUGGGAGAAUGUCAUAUGGUCAGAUGAAACCAAAAUAUAACUUUUUGGUAAAAACUCAACUCGUCGUGUUUGGAGGACAAAGAAUGCUGAGUUGCAUCCAAAGAACACCAUACCUACUGUGAAUCAUGGGGGUGGAAACAUCAUGCUUUGGGGCUGUUUUUCUGCAAAGGGACCAGGACGACUGAUCCGUGUAAAGGAAAGAAUGAAUGGGGCCAUGUAUCGUGAGAUUUUGAGUGAAAACCUCCUUCCAUCAGCAAGGGCAUUGAAGAUGAAACGUGGCUGGGUCUUUCAGCAUGACAAUGAUCCCAAACACACCGCCCGGGCAACGAAGGAGUGGCUUCGUAAGAAGCAUUUCAAGGUCCUGGAGUGGCCUAGCCAGUCUCCAGAUCUCAACCCCAUAGAAAAUCUUUGGAGGGAGUUGAAAGUCCGUGUUGCCCAGCGACAGCCCCAAAACAUCACUGCUCUAGAGGAGAUCUGCAUGGAGGAAUGAGCCAAUAUACCAGCAACAGUGUUUGAAAACCUUGUGAAGACUUAUAGAAAACGUUUGACCUGUGUCAUAGCCAACAAAGGGUAUAUAACAAAGUAUUGAGAAACUUUUGUUAUUGACCAAAUACUUAUUUUCCACCAUAAUUUGCAAAUAAAUUCAUUAAAAAUCCUACAAUGUGAUUUUCUGGAUUUUUUAAAAAUCAUUUCGUCUGUCAUAGUUGACGUGUACCUAUGAUGAAAAUUACAGGCCUCUCAUCUUUUUAAGUGGGAGAACAUGCACAAUUGGUGGCUGACUAAAUACUUUUUUUCCCCCACUGUACAUGUCCUUAACUGCCUAUAACAAAUGACAAAAAAAACAAUUUGUUUCAAUGUGUAGCAUAUUCAAAACUUCAUAGCCUAUGGUUUUAUAUGCAUUAGGGCAUUGCUUGCAUUGAGGCCUAUAGUCCACUGUAGGAUAUAGAUUUUUUUUAAAUGAAGGAAGAGAAGCUUAGGCCGAGACCGAUCGAGAUAUGCCCGCGCCAUGUUCCCAACACCACCAUGCAUUCUUUAUCCUUGUCAGAUAGGCUACUACUGCUAUACAGGAGGAAAAUGUGUUAAUUUUCGAACAGAAUAUAUAUUUUUUAUAAAGAUAAGCAUUACACUCCCCCUUCUAGUCAACCACAAAAGAGCAUUGAUUUAGCAGAUUAAUAAAGGAGGAACUCUGGUAGGCUUAAAACAUUCUUCCUCACUGCAAGUUCAACAGUAGGAGUCAAUUGGAGCUCCGGUGCCAGGGGCAGACUUAGUUUUGGAGGCCAGUCUGGCUAUUUGAAGAAUUUAAAAUACAAAAUAUAUUUUGAUUUGUUUAACACUUUGUUGGUUACCACAUGAUUCCAUAUGUGUUUUUUCAUAGUUAUGUCUUCACUAUUAUUCUACAAUGUAGAAAAUAGUAAAAAUAAUGAAAAACCCUUGAAUGAGUAGGUGUUCUAAAACGUUUGACCGGUAUUGUAUAUGUUGAUAGAUAGAUGGUCUAGGGGGCGCUGUUUUGCUUGCUCGGAUGCUUUCUCUGUGAGAUACAUUCAGCCUCUUGCGAAUUUAAGGAAAAUUAGUAAACGCAGAGAGAGAUGAAAGAUAAAAUAGUUUUUUUGGGGAAGCCUAGCUUCCUUUGGCAUCCAUGAAAACAAGCCACUGGCCUACUUUAACAUAUCUUAAACUAAAUACGGAGCACAAAAUAAAAAUGUUGGCAAACGAAAACGACACUUUUAUCAUAUUUAAAGAACUGGUUUAGAUUCUUAAAUAGGCCUACAAUAAUUAUACUGAUAUACAAUCAUAAUAAUUAUUUAAAAAAUGAAAAUUGGAACAAACCUGAAUAGCGAGUUGCACACAGUCCAUUUGGCCGCGCCAAUGUUCUUUUCAUCUUUGUCCACUACAAUAAAACGGAGGACAUUCCCCUUGUCGGCUUCUUUUCAUUAUUCUCGUUCUGUAACUUUCAUUUUACUUCAAUGAAAAAGGCCUCUAUCUUCGCAAACAACAGUAGCCUAGGCCAAGGCUCCUUUCACUCGCGCGCUCUCUCUCCUCACAGCAGGUGCAUGUGAGGUGUGUAGCCGGAACCAGUUUCAGCUAUACAUUUUAUUGACUUGCAAUUGGCUGACACAGAUAACAAGCUUGCGCAGUUCUCAUCACCUCACUCAUUAAUUUAAACAAAGGAUGGGUCCAUCAAGUCCAGUCUGUAAAUAAAUACAUGUUAUUGGACAUACCCGAGACCCGUGGCAAUUAUAUCAGACCCGACCCAGGUCCGAGAAAAAAGUCAAAGUAGGACCCGGACCCGGAUCUCGGAAUUUCAGGUCACUUGGGCCGUUAAGACCUAUACCUCAAAGCCAAUCAUGGAAAAGAGUGACCUUUGCCUAGCCAAUCAGAAUGUCAAACCACUGCAGAUACUGUGGCAGCAUACAGGAAAAAAUAACCAGAGAAGAUUAGAGUCUAAUCUACUGACAGUUUGGCAAACAAGGCAAAGUGAUCAUAAUGAAGUGUUCAGGAUAUUGAAAAGGAGUGUAUCAGUGAAAACAUUUACAUUUUAGUCAUUUAGCAGAAGUUCUUAUCCAGAGCGACUUAGAAUUAGUGCAUUCUUGUUAAGAUGGCUAGGUGAGUGAGACAACAACAUAUCACCAUCGUGGCAAGUACAUAUUCCCUCAACAAAGUAUUUAUCAGCAAAGUCGGUGCUAGUAGGAAACAACAAGUGCUGUGGAAGUUAUUUAAGAUACUCUUCAAAGAGGUGGGGGGGUGGUUGUUCCAGGAAAGAGAAGAGCUUUGGCUGAGCGGAAACCAAGAGACCAGAGGUGGCAGGAGUGCUCGAGUUGGGAUGUAGGGUGUUGUGGAAAAUUAUCACUAUAUUUAUUAAAAAUCUGAGUUCUUCCAGAGUUUUUGGAGAAUCAAGAUAGACUUUAUUACACAGAGUAACGUAAGUCGAGAUGAUCUGCAGAGCACCUCCCGUCUCCCUCUCCGCUCCGUCUAUAUAGUCACAUUCACAUCCAUCCUAGCUCAAAGCCCCUCCCUCUUAGGUUCCCCCACCAUUAACUUCAGUUUCCCUCUCUCUACCGCUCCGCCCACUUCCUUAGUCUAUGAUAGGGCUACAUUUGACUUUCAUUCAGUUUAGGAACAAUAUUAUUACAAUCAAUCACGCCCUUGUCAUGCAAAAACAAUCAUGUUCAGUUUCAACUCUGUUCAACCCCGGCUCACCCUGGCUUGACCUGAAGAUUGAUUGUUGGACAUGGCAGGUCCACACUCAAUCUCUCAAACGUACCCAAACCCAACUCCUCUCUUCCCUCCCGUCAUGCUGUAAUUACUCAUGAUUAGUCUAAACUCUGUUCAACUCUGGUGCCGCUCUUUCUACUUUGUUUGAGGAGAAAUGCAUUAGGCAACAGACUGGUUUCAGUCUCUGAUAAGGUAGGACAGCCAUGGAGUGGUAAGAGCGAGCAAUUCGACCCUAGGUCAGAUCCCCACUUCACACACACACCCAAGCCCAGUGAAAGGAACCAUUCAAGUUCUUGCCUAGCAACAGAGAAUCCCGACUAUCUGUUCGUCACGUCUGUGAUUUUAACUUUGUUUAUCCCAUAGUUUACAAAAAAAUUCCCAUCAAGGGUUUGAGCAAAGCCUGAAGGUAGGGAUGGACAGGUCCCCUUGCAAAGUGUAAUUGGUCUCUGUUAUAUAUGUGUGAAGACGUCAUCACUUUUUGUUUUGUUUCUCAGCUCCUGCAGUGUGAUGGAAAUCUUUUUGAUGCCAUCUCUGUUGCCAUUAAAGCGGCUCUCUUCAAUACAAAGUAAGGUGCUAAGUUCCAGUUACCACUUUGCUAAUUAAAUUGCAAUAAAUAGAUGCUGUGAUUUCAUAAAGUCUGUCCUACAGAGCUCAAACAAUAGAACAUCCAGUCCUGAGUCAAACAAUUUCUUCACCUUCCCUCUCUCCCAACAGAAUUCCCAAAGUGCACAUCUCUGAGGACGAGGAAGGAGGGAAGGAAAUAGAGCUGUCAGACGACCCCUAUGACUGCAUACGACUCAAUGUGGAGAACGUUCCCUGCAUCGUGACCUUGUGCAAGGUGGGUUCGGUCAUUGACAUGGCAACACCUGCUGAGACGGUAUUAUUAGCAUAACAAAUCACAUAAUUUACCUGAGUAAAUUAGUGUAGUUUAGACAAAGGAUAGUAAGUUGGAUGGUUUUGUCCACAAAUUAUGGUUAUUCACACAUUAUUUGUGUGUGUCUUCGUCUCACCCCAGGUGGGCCAUAGGCACGUGGUGGACGCCACGCUGCAGGAGAAGGCAUGUUCAGUGGCCAGCCUGAUCAUCUCUGUCACACACAAGGGGACGGUCACCUGUGUCAGGAAGGUGGGGGGAGGCAGCCUGGACCCAGAGAGCAUAUUUGAGAUGACAGAGGUGAAAUAGGACGCCUGCGCUCUUCUUCAUACCAUCUGAUCUCUCACCCCAACAAACGUAUUAGCAUAGAAUGUUCAGUUGUAUCAAAGUUGAACCUUAUCAGCACAUCACAAAGUUGUUUUCACAUUUGUACAGAGGAAAUUCAUGAAGUGUGAGUGAAUGUUUAUUUUGUUUAUGUAAAUGCAUUGCAAUGGACAGUGCAUUCGAAAAGUAUUCAGACCUCUUCCCUUUUUCUACAUUUUGUUACGUUACAGCCUUAUUCUAAAAUGGAUUGGGGAAAAAAUUCUCAUCAAUCUACACACAAUACCCCAUAAUGACAGAGAGAACUGUUUUUUAGAAGUUCUUGCAAAUGUAUUAACAAUAAAAAAAAAACAGAAAUACCUUAUUUACAUAAGUAUUCAGACCCUUUGCUAUGAGACUCGAAAUUGUACUCCGCUUCAUCCUGUUUCCAUUGAUCAUCCUUCAGAUGUUUCUACAACUUGAUUGGAGUCCACCUGUGGUAAAUUCAAUUCAUUGGACGUCAUUUGGAAAGGCACACACUGUCUAUAUAAGGUCCCACAGUUAACAGUGCAUGUCAGAGCAAAAACCAAGCCAUGAAGUCGAAGGAAUUGUCCGUAGAGCUCUGAGACAGGAUUGUGUCGAGGCACAGAUCUGGGGAAGGGUACCAAAACAUUUCUGCAGCAUUGAAGGUCCCCCAAAAAACAAUGGCCUCCCUCAUUCUUAAAUGGAAGAAGUUUGGAACCACCAAGACUCUUCCUAGAGCGGGCCACCCUGGCCAAACUGAGCAAUCGGGGGGGAAGGGCCUUGGUCAGGGAGGUGACCAAGAACCCAAUGGUCACUCUGACAGAGCUCCAGAGUUCCUCUGUGGAGAUGGGAGAACCUUCCAGAAGGACAACCAUCUCUGCAGCACUCCACCAAUCAGGUCUUUAUGGUAGAGUGGCCAGAUGGAAGCCACUUCUCAGUAAAAGGCACAUGACAGCCCGCUUGGAGUUUGCCAAAAGCCACCUAAAGGACUCUCAGACCAUGAGAAACAAGAUUCUGAUGAAACCAAGAUUGAAGUCUUUGGCCUGAAUACCAAAUGUCACGUCUGGAGGAAACCUGGCACCAUCCCUACGGUGAAGAAUGAGGGUGGCAGCAUCAUGCUAUGGGGAUGUUUUUCAGCGGCAGGGAGUGGGAGACUAGUCAGGAUCGAGGGAAAAAUAAACAGAGCAAAGUACAGAGAGAUCCUUGAUGAAAACCUGCUCCAGAGCACUCAAGACCUCAGACUGGAGCGAAGGUUCACAUUCCAACAGGACAACGACCCUAAGCACACAGCCAAGACAAUGCAGGAGUGGCUUCGGGACAAGUCUCUGAAUGUCCUUGAGUGGCCCAGCCAGAGCCCGGACUUGAACCUGAUCGAAGAUCUCUGGAGAGACCUGAAAAUAGCUAUGCAGUGACAUUCCCCAUCCAACCUGACAGAGCUUGAGAGGAUCUGCAGAGAAGAAUGGGAGAAACUCCCCAAAUACAGGUGUGCCAAGCUUGUAGCGUCAUACCCAAGAAGACUUCAGGCUGUAAUUGCUGCCAAAGGUGCUUCAACAAAAUACUGUGUAAAAGGUCUGAAUACUUCUGUAAAUAUGAUAUAUAUAUAUAUAUAUUUUAUACAUUUGCAAAACAUAUAUAUAUAUACAUAUACACACUACCGGUCAACAUUUUUAGAACACCUACUCUUUCAAGUGUUUUUCUUUAUUUUUACUAUUUUCUACAUUGUAGAAUAAUAGUGAAGACAUCAAAACUAUGAAAUAACACAUAUGGAAUCAUGUAGUAACCCAACAAGUGUUAAACAAAUCAAAAUAUAUUUGAUAUUCUUCAAAUAGCCACCCUUUGCCUUGAUGUCAGCUUUGCACACGCUUGGCAUUUUCUCAACCAGCUUCAUGAGGUAGUCACAUGGAAUGCAUUUAAAUUAACAGGUGUGCCUUGUUAAAAGUUCAUUUGUGGAAUUUCUUUCCUUUUUAAUGCGUUUGAGCCAAUCCGUUGUGUUUUGACAAGAUAGGGGGGUAUACAGAAGAUAGCCCUAUUUUAUAAAAGACCAAGUCCAUAUUAUGGCAAGAACAGUUCAAAUAAGCAAAGAGAAACGACAAUCCAUCAUUACUUUUAAGACCUGAAGGUCAGUCAAUACCGAACAUUUCAAGAACUUUGAAAGUUUCUUCAUGUGCAGUCGCAAAAACUAUCAAGCGCUAUGAUGAAACUGGCUUUCUGAGGACCGCCACAGGAAUGGAAUACACAGAGUUACCUCUGCUGCUGAGGAUAAGUUCAUUAGAGUUACCAGCCUCAGAAAUUGCAGCCAAAAUAAAUGCUUCACAGAGUUCAAGUCACAAACACAUCUUAACAUCAACUGUUCAGAGGAGACUGUGUGAAUCAGGCCUUCAUGGUCGAAGUGCUGCAAAGAAACCACUACUAAAGGACACCAAUAAUAAGAAGACUUGCCUGGGCCAAGAAACACGAGCAAUGGACAUUAGACAGGUUUAAAUUUGUCCUUUGUUCUGGGGUCCAAAUUUGAGAUUUUUGGUUCCAACCGCCUUGUCUUUGUGAGACUUGGUGUGGGUGAACGGAUGAUCUCUGCAUGUGUAUUUCCUACAGUAAAGCAUGGAGAAGGAGGUGUUAUGUUGUGGGGAUGCUUUGCUGGUGACACUGUCUGUGAUUUAUUUAAAAUUCAAGGCACACUUAACCAGCAUGGCUACCACAGCAUUCUGCAGCGAUACGCCAUCACAUCUGGUUUGGGCUUAGUGGGACUAUCAUUUGUUUUUCAACAGGACAAUGACCCAACACACCUCCAGGCUGUGUAAGGGCUAUUUUACCAAGGAGAGUGACUGUGUGCUGCAUCAGAUGACCUGGCCUCCACAAUCACCCGACCUCAACCAAAUUGAGAUGGUUUGGGAUGAGUCGGACCGCAUAGUGAAGGAAAAGCAGCCAACAAGUGUUCAGCAUAUGUGGGAACUCCUUCAAGUGUUGGGAAAGCAUUCCAGGUGAAGCUGGUUGAGAGAAUGCCAAGAGUGUGCAAAGCUGUUGUGGUGUCCAAAACAAACGUUGCUGAUAAUGCCGUGAUGAUGAUAAGUCCGCUGACACUGUACUCUGUUUAUAAAGGUUUAUUAUAACAAAGAGUUUCAGCGUCAGAUUUACAGAUACCUGCAGAUAUCUGAAGAACAGCCGGACCCAAUCUGAUUUGCUAUUCCUAUCUCCCUUGUUCAAGACCUGGCAUUUAUAUCCUAUGUGACAUAGUAUGGCGUGAUUUUAAUACACCAAUCCCUGGCUUUUAACAUUUCAUACCAUAUCCUCUUUUCCAGGAAUUUAGUAAUGCUUUCCAGAUGUUUCAGCAAGCAGAGCCAAGUUUCCUCUAACACACUCUUCUGCAAAUGUCAGCACAAUCACAGACCCUCAGACACUACACUGUCAUCAAGGCAAAGGGUGGCUACUUGAAGAAUCUCAAAUCUAAAAUAUGUUUUGAUUUGUGUAACACUUUUUUUGGUUACUACAUGAUUAGUGUAAGGAAGACUGACACAUUGCAUAAGCCUUUAAAUGAAAAAAAAAAAUACCUUUCAUACUUUUCUCCUAAAACAGACAAGGAAAAACAGACUGUACAAAUACAAAAAGCUUUAUUAGAAUAGUAAAGGUGUUCUGAAACUUUUGACCGGUAGUGUAUAUAUUUUUUGCUUUGUCAUUAUGGGGUAUUGUGUGUAGAUUGAUGAAGAAAAAAAACAAUUUCAUCAAUUUUAGAAUAAGGCUGUAAUGUAACAAAAUGUGGAAACGGUCAAGGGGUCUGAAUGCUUUCUGAAUGCACUGUGUAUCCAGGUGCUGUAUACUGGAAAACUCAUAUCUCACACACACAAAAACAUAUUUUGAUGCUCUGUUGUGUGUAUAUCUCUACAGACAGGGAAAAGGGUAGGGAAAGCCCUCCACGCCCCCCUCAUGGAGCUUCUGCAGAAGGAGGAGAGUCUGGGAAAGAAGAGACAGAAAGUGGGCUUUCUUGGUUAGCAUCACAUGUUUGUAAAUGUUUACUAUUCUAAUAAAGCUUUUUUUAUAUGUACAGUCUGUUUUUCCUUGUCUGUUUUAGGAGAAAAGUAUGAAAGGUAUUUUUUUAUAUAUUAUUUUGAAGGCUUAUGCAAUGUGACUGUCUUUCUUACACUUCAAAGCAGGGAAAUUCUGAAUCACCAAUAGAAAUUACAUGUAUGAGUAUUUGGAACAUUGUGUUCUUGGCAUUCAAAUGGCUCCAAUAAAAACUAAAGCCUCU